UAUGAGUUGUUGAGGGAGAAACCACAGUCUUGUAUGGAGGCUACGAUGUGUUCCGUGAGCUUUAUGGCGUCGCUGGACAUGGGCUGGGCCCCCUCCUCUGACUUGACUAGGGGCACAACGCUAUGCAGCUGUUGGAUGUUUACCCUUGUCGAAGCACGCAUCCCAUUUUUCGUAAACGCAGCCGCAGCUCGAGAUACUAGCCCACCUCUCGCGCAACCGUGGACACCGGCGAUACAGCGCCGUGAGUAGUACCCAAAUCCGUAUAGUAGCCAAAGUCACUUCGGGACUAACUCCCAUAUCAUUAUCUAACCGCCGAAAGCCUCGGCAUGUAUCUGGUCUUCUAUUCCCGUAGAUGAGAGC